UAGCAAUGAAUGCUGAACAGUAGCUUCAUCUUUGGACAGUCUGUCUGAGUCAAAGCUGAGAGGAGAAUACGUGGAAAGUUACACACGUGUUGGAGCCGAAAAAAUUACUUAUUCAUGGCUGAUCAGAUGUUACAGCUGGCUGUUGGUCUGUCUGUGGGUCUGCUGUUGCUGCUGCUGCUGAUUCUGACGGCUUUGUAUCUAUGGAGGAGGAAGAAAGGGCAGAGUCAGUACCAAGAGCUGCUCUCUCCAGUGCCAUCAGUCCCGGCAUGCUCUACUCCGGUGAUCCUGGUGUCUCAGGGCUCCUGGACCAUGCCCAGUGAGAUCCCUUUCACCUUGCCUCCUCGCUUCAUCGCACAAAACCACAGAGAUGUGAAAAAUAAUGAGCAGGACAAGAAAGAGGAGGAGAAUAUGAGGAUGGAGCCCCGGCGGGAGAUACUGGCUCAUCGUGGGUCACUCUCACUGAGGAGCUGGUUCCCAGUGGGGUCGGUUCUGGCCGGUCUCUACUCGGCACCUCCUCUAAACGAGGUGGUGGCUCCCCCUCCCGGGAUGGCCUCCCGCCUCUGCUUCUCUGUGGAAUAUCGACACAGCAGCGAACAGCUCACGGUCUUCUUGCUCCGUCUCAGCAACCUCCCUCCACGUUUCCAUGGCAACAUCAUGCUGGUGGAGCUCAGGCUUCUCCCUGAUGACAGGAGGCCCCGCCAAGCCAAAGCCCGGGGCACGGGUCCAGACCCAGAGUUCACCGACUGCUUCAUUUUCCAGGUGUCAGCAUUGCGUGUGCUUCACAGCACCCUGAGUGUGUGUGCGCUGAGUGUGGAGCAAAAUGGUAAACGCCAUGUGGUGGGCAGGGUGCUGUUUCCUCUGGAGGGGGAGCUCAGUCAGGGCGGGAGGGUCCGCUGGAGAGACCUCGAGACCGAGGAAGACACACAGUGUUCAGAGCUGGGGGAUAUGCAGAUAUCUCUCGGCUACAGUUCGUCUCUGCAGCGCCUUUCAGUGGUGGUUUUGAGGGUUCGAGGCCUACAGCUGAACACAGAAGCAGGUGUGUGUGUCCAGGUGAGCUUACAGAAGCACACUCAGUUGGUGAAGAUAAAGCGCAGCUGUGUGGUGAAAGGUGAAAAUGAGCCCAACUUCAACUAUAGGAUGACCUUUAAACUGCGACCUCAGCACCUGGACGAGGCCUGUCUGAAGUUUGAGCUGCAGGAGCCUAGCAACCUCCCCUCAGAGCCCCCGGUCCCGCUGGGAGUGCUGGUGUUGGGUCCCUUCAUGUACGCCAGGGGUCCUCAGCUGCAGCACUGGCUAGAUAUGGUCAACACGGCACAGGAGCCGGUCAAACUGUGGCACGGACUGCGCAGGCCCACCUAACACCCAAACCACACUCAUAUAAGUAAUUGCCAAGAAUGAGAUAAAAUAAAUCCUAAUUAGUUAUCAGUCAUUUGUUAAAGUUAAGAGAAAUUACUGCAGAAAAGACCAGAAAGUAGGAAAGUUGAAUCAAGCUUUUUGGCUGCAGCUUUGCAACAUUCAAGAGAGUUUGCUAUUUCCCUCUGAGGUUGAUAUGCACCAAAUCAGUACUCAAAGAGAAUGAAUAUUGGACUUAAAUUCAUCAGGCCAACACUAAGACACACCAGCGUUUUUGCUGCCCCCAAGUGGCCAAAAUGUAGAAUUACUCUCAAUAACUGUAUUUUUUUUAAAUGAAAAAUAUAAAGAACGAACUUCAAAUUUACAGGUGAGCUAGUGUAGGAACUAUUGAAUAAGACAGUAAUUUAGAGAGGAAACUAUUAUUUCUAACAUAGACUAUUUUAAGGCCUCUCUACAGCAGACUUUUUUGGCCUGUAAAACAUUUCAAUAUUUGCCCUCUAAUCCUCCAAUUAGUGACCUAAGAGCAACCAAACACAAAAUACAGAUUUUGUAAUAAAAACAUCUCUUCUUUUCACUCAUUAAUCAUAUUUUGACCCCUCUGCUAUAACCUCUGACCCUCCUGAGUGCACUCUGGAGAGACCACUACUGUGUGUG